AUGCCUCCUCAAGACCGCCAUCAGCCGCUGUUAGCGGAGGAGCAGGAAGAGACUGCAUACGAUUCCUCGGAGAAGGUUGUGGUGGUCGGAAUCGAUGAGCACGAUGGCGACAUGGAGGCGCCGCCGUUCUCAUGGCGGAAGCUGUGGUUGUUCACGGGACCGGGAUUUCUGAUGAGCAUCGCGUUCCUGGAUCCCGGGAAUUUGGAGGGGGAUCUUCAGUCUGGGGCCAUUGCUGGGUACUCGCUCUUGUGGCUGCUCAUGUGGGCCACGGCUAUGGGCCUCAUCAUCCAGCUUCUCUCGGCCCGCCUCGGCGUCGCCACUGGGAGACACUUAGCUGAACUGUGCAGGGAUGAGUACCCCACAUGGGCUAGGAUUGUGCUCUGGCUCAUGACUGAAAUAGCUCUUAUUGGCUCUGACAUUCAAGAGGUUAUUGGAAGCGCUAUUGCUAUCAGGAUUCUCAGUAACGGCGUCGUUCCCCUUUGGGCUGGGGUCGUCGUUACUGCUUUAGACUGUUUCAUUUUUCUCUUUCUUGAGAACUAUGGUGUGAGGAAACUGGAGGCAUUUUUUGCUGUUCUGAUUGGUGUAAUGGCUCUCUCAUUUGCGUGGAUGUUUGGUGAAGCAAAGCCUAAUGGUGUUGAUGUUCUUGUUGGUAUUUUGGUUCCUAAACUUAGCUCCAGAACUAUACAACAAGCUGUUGGAGUUGUCGGUUGCAUUAUUAUGCCUCACAAUGUGUUCUUGCAUUCUGCGCUUGUUCAAUCAAGGCAGGUUGACCCCAGCAAGAAAGGCCGUGUUCAGGAAGCACUUAAUUACUACUCGAUAGAGUCCACCAUCGCCCUUGCAGUGUCCUUUGUGAUUAAUAUAUUUGUUACAACUGUGUUUGCAAAGGGGUUUUAUGGUACUGAAAUAGCAAACAACAUUGGUCUUGGAAACGCAGGGCAGUACCUUCAGGAGAAGUAUGGGGGUGGACUAUUCCCAAUCCUGUAUAUAUGGGGUAUUGGGUUGUUAGCAGCCGGCCAGAGUAGCACAAUUACUGGUACAUAUGCUGGACAAUUUAUCAUGGGGGGGUUUCUGAAUUUAAAGUUGAAGAAGUGGAUGAGGGCGUUGAUUACACGAAGUUUUGCAAUCAUCCCAACCAUGAUAGUUGCUCUUAUAUUCGAUACCUCAGAAGAUUCAUUAGAUGUUCUGAAUGAAUGGCUUAAUGUUCUCCAAUCCGUUCAAAUUCCCUUUGCACUCAUUCCCUUGCUUUGCUUGGUGUCCAAAGAACAGAUAAUGGGCAGUUUCAGAAUUGGUCCUGUCCUCAAGACUAUUUCCUGGCUUGUGGCUGCUCUGGUGAUUGUGAUAAACGGUUAUCUAUUGCUGGAAUUCUUCUCCUCUGAAGUGAAUGGAGCAAUGUUUGCCACUGUAGUGUUUGUAGUAACAGCUGCAUAUGUUGCAUUUGUACUUUACCUUAUUUCACGGGCCAUUACUUAUACACCGUGGCAAAGUUUAAUCAGAUCAAAGACAGUUGCUACCACAGACAAUUGA